AACAUGCAAAAAAUAACCCAAGAAUUGAGUGAUCUGAAAGAGAUCAUAUCAAGCGUUCUGAUUCAUAUCACUUCCCUCCUCUGAUCACUCACUGCAUCAACAAUGCCUAGAGAAAAGAUUCUGUUUGCUGGUGGUGGGACCACAAAGAGCUGGAAAGUACUCUUGGCGCUGAGAAUACUUGCACUCAUUGCCACUUUAGCUGCAGCCAUUGUAAUGGGUUUGAACAAAGAGACAAAGACCUUGGUUGUGGCCACCAUCGGAACUGUUCCUAUCAAAGCCACACUAACCGCUAAGUUUCAGGACACACCUGCUUUCGUGUUCUUUGUUAUAGCUAAUGCCAUGGUGAGCUUCCACAACUUGUUGAUGAUUGGUCUUCAGAUUUUCAGCCGGAAACUGGAAUGUAAAGGCUUCCGUCUCCUCUCCGUUGCUAUUCUUGACAUGCUAAACGCAGCUCUGGUAUCUGCGGCUGCAAACGGGGCGGUGUUCAUAGCGGAGAUAGGGCAGAACGGGAACAAGCACGCCAAGUGGAACAAAGUCUGCGACAGGUUCUCCAUUUACUGCGAUCACGGUAGAGGAGCACUUAUCGCCGCUUUCUCCGGAGUCAUUCUUAUGCUCCUCGUCUCCGCCGUCUCCAUUUCCCGCCUCUCAAUCUAUUCUAACAAACCCUCCACCUCCACCGCCGCGGCUGUUGCUUCUCCGUAGUAACUCGCCACCGUCCGCCAUAACUUAUGUGUCCGUGUGUCUCACUUUGUGUGUUGUCUCUCAAGUAACUAUCAUGUUGUCUUAUGCACUGCUCUGUUUUGUCACUUUCAUAUAGAGACCACUUUUCAUUUCUCUCAUUUUAUCA